AUGGUCCUCCGCCAGGAUAGAAACCCGCUCACUCCAGAGUUUAACGCUCUCGUCGAGAGGUUGCGUGAAGAAUGGCACAUCCCAGGCCUGAGUAUUUCGAUCGUGCACGGUUCCAGCACCUACGCAAAGGCCUACGGUUAUGCUUCCUUUCCCUCCACACCUAUGACCACCACCUCCCUCUUCACAACCUGCGGCACAACCAAAGCCUUCACCGCCGCCGCAUUGUCCCUGGCGAUUGACGACAGCCAUUCCACCCCGCAUCCGAUCUCCUGGUCCACACCCGUCUCCUCCAUCAUUCGUGACGACUUUGUUCUCUCCACUCCUUCAGCCACAACCAACACUACGAUUGAAGACAUCUUAUCUCAUCGCAGUGGGCUCCCAGGCCACUUCUUUGCUAUGGCCAUGGCUUAUCCGAACGAGACUUUGCGCACCGAAGUCCGCAGACUUCGAUGGCUACCACUCGCCUUCCCACCACGAACAACGUUCAACUACUGCAACCAUAUGUUCAUGGCUGCCACAUAUUUGUUGGAACACAUAAACGGCGAAGGUCUCGGAACGACACUCAAAAGGCGGAUCUGGGACCCACUGGACAUGAACGAUACAUAUUUCUCCACCGCCGAAGUGCAAAAGUCCCCCACCUUGUCCAAGAGACUAGUCAAGGGCUACAGCUGGAACCCGGAAACACACACCUAUCACGAAGAGCCAUAUAUCAACUAUGCUCCGACGACCGGGACCGGAGCGAUGGUUUCUAAUGUGAUGGAUUACGCGAAGUGGCUGCGCGCGAUGCUGUAUCAGACACCGCCUAUCUCAAAAGAGGGGCAUACCGCACUUCGUAUACCCAGAACAGUCAUUGCCGACUCGGAUUGGAAGGAUAUGCUCGCUCCACCGGGGGCAUACCAUCUCUAUACGAUGGGGUGGUUCAUUGACCAUUACCAUGGAGAACAGAUAUAUUGGCACACGGGCAGCUGGGAUGGAUUUGGAAUUAUGGUGGGCUUUCUGCCUGCAAGAGGUUUUGCGUUUGCUAUGAUGGGAAAUACCCAAAACGCGAGGGUUGCACAGUUGGAGUUAUACUUGUAUCUCAUUGAUCAGCUGCUGGGGAAGAGUGGAGCGGACAGGGAAACUCAUGUGGGGAAGCUAGGGGCAAAGCUUAAGGAGAUGGAGCGGAGAUACAACGAGAGCGUCGAAAGUGUGGUGGCACGGUUGUAUCCAGACCUAAACACGAGGUUACCACUUGCGUUGUCGCUGGGAGCGUAUACAGGGACAUAUGCGCACCCGGGAUAUGGGGAUUUGAGGGUGUGUGAGGAGAGCAGCAAGUUGGUUGUUGAUUUGAGGGACCGUGUGCUGAGCAAGUAUAUGCGUUUUGAGCAUGUCAGUGGGGAUUUCUUCGUUGUCAAGUGCUAUACCCCUGGGGCUGAGGCUGUGGGACCAGAGUAUUUGAAGGCUGAAUUCUAUGUUGAUUCGGACGGAAUAGUGACGAGCUUGGGGUUGGAUUUGGAGUCUACUGUGGGGGAGAAGAUCUGGUUUCAACGAAGAGAGUGA